AUGAAAGUAUCACUUCUUCAACUAGAGAGAUCUUAUUUAGAAGCCCUUUCAGAAUUUGGAGAGCAUUCUUCUAAGACUUAAGAAACACGUGUAAAGCUUAUUGAAAUUCUUAACCAAACAGGCAAAUACUUGAUAUCUUAAAAGCUUCCUGGAGAAAAGUAUCUCUAAAGAGCUGUUGAAUUAGCAAAUUUGUUAAAUAUGGAAGAAUACUUAAUUAUAAAAUAUUAGUCAUUUAUGUUAUAUGCAGAGUACUUUGAAUUCACAAAGAAUUAUAAUUAGGCAUACAAUUUGUUGAUGAAAUUAAUUCCGUUAACAAAGGUGAAUCAAAGGAAUAUAAUAAUGAUUUAAAUUCAAAUUCUUAAUCAUGUAAUUGAAAAUGGUAGAUUAUGUAAAAGAGAUAAUGUUAUUCCAUUGAAUGAAUAAUUGUUAAAUUUGAUGGAGGAGAUAGGACUUAGUUUUUAUUUAUAUAAAGAAUUCCCUAAUAAGUUUCAACAAAUUUUAUUAUAAGCCUUAUCAUUUUAAGCAAAGAUAUAUUUGAAAUAAAAUAAGGAUAGAGAGGCAACAUAACUUUUCUUUUAAUCUUAUCAUUUAUGUGAAGAGCUGCUUGGUUUUCAUGAUAAGAGAACAUAAGAAUAUAAAAAAUAGUAUGAAUAAUUAAGUGAUAAAAUUUCAGUCAAUUUAGAGAUUUAAAGUCAAGAUGAAGAGGAGGAUGAUAAUAUACAACCAAUAUAAAUUACUUAGAGAGAAGAAAAGAAAAUUUUAUCUUUUCGAUCAAAAAAUACUUACAUUAAUAAUUAUAUAAUAAAUGUAGAUUCUGCUAGAGCACCAAAAUUAGCAAAAAAGAUUGAUAAGACAAAAAUUGAGAAACCUAUUAUUAGUUAGAGAGCUCCACCUAAAUUUAAUGAAUAGUAAUUUUAACAACUAUUUAUCAUAAAGAAUACUAUGAAAAGACCUUUGAGUUCAUAAGGAACUACAAAAAUAACAAGUCCAACUAGAUGUUAAUCAAUAGUUUCUAAGAAAAAUAAUAGUAAAAUUUAAAAUAGAGUUCCAUCUUUAGAAUAAAGUUUAAUAAAAUAAUUAGAAAUUGCUUAACCUUAAGAUAGAAUUAAUGAUCUUAUAAUUAAUAGACCACAUUAUGAAGAAGUAAAGAAAUAUGAAAUAGUGAAUGCUACAAAAUAAAGAAAUACAAAAUAAUUCUCAUCCAAUUAUUUAAUUUAAUUAAUCCCUCCAUCUCAUUCAUAAAGACCAUAAAUAAGAGAACCAUCAAAAAAUAAUAUUGCUUAUAAGGUAGACAGUAAAAAGUUUCCUAGUAAUCCUAGUAAUUAAAAGAUUGAGAGAAGUUCUUAAAAGAAAAUAACAACAAAUGAAAUUUAACCUACAUUAAGUAAUAUUAGAUUAGUUGGUAGUGGUAUUAAUUUAACUAGUGAAAAUGAUGAUGAAAAUAUUAAAUAAUAAUAAGAAGAUAAUAGAAAAUAUUCAUUUGAAGAAGAACCUAUAAAAGUUAUGACACAUUCAGAUCCAAUUAUUGCAAAAUAUUUAGAAACUCAUUCAAUGGAAGUAUUAUUAGAAGCUGUUGAUAGAAUCAAAGCUAAAAUGAAACAUAAUGUAUAUUAUUCCAGAAAAAAGAGAAAUGAAAUUGAAUCAAAAUAAAAUGUCAUUUCUCCAGGAAGAUUAAAUCCACAUAAUAAAAAUAUGACUAGAUCAAGCACAUAUGGAUUUGAGAUCUUGGAGAUUGUUGAAAAAAAAAUAUUAGAAAAUGAAGCUAGUAAGAUUAUACAUAAAUUAAUAACUCCUGAUAAUUAAUUAGAUUGGUAUUCUAUUCAUUUUUAUAAUAAAUUAUUUACUGAUCAUGAAACUUCUAAAUGGAUAUUAUAGAAUCCAAAAUUUAGAGGAUAAAUAUUUUAGAAAACAUAAGGUAAAAAAUUAUAUCAACAAUUAAGUGUUGAAUUAAUUUAAGCAAUGUUAUCAAAUUAAAAGAAAACUUCAACACUUUAAGUGA